AUGAACUUUCUGUACAACCGCGGCGGCCGGUCGGGCGGCUCGGACGGCCACUCGCCGCUCUCGCUCGGUCGAGGUCGGGUCAAACUGCAGCCGCGUCGACUGCGGUCCGCCGCCGCUGCCGCCGCCGCCGCCUCCGCCGCCGAGCAGGAGGCCUCUGAGCGUGUUACGCGCACACACCUCUUCCUGGGGUUCGGCGGGGGCGGUGGCGGCGGCGGCGACGGCGAAUCGCGGCCGCGCCGCUCGGGCCUGGUCGGCUGGCUGACCGGCCGUGGUAAGAGGAGGACCAGCCGGUCACGCCAGGAGGAGGAGCAGGCCCAGGAGCCGCCGACAGUGACUGUGGUGCCGCCGCCCCCGCCCGAACCGUGUGAGCAGGAGCUGCUCUCCAUGGAUCAGCUGAGCCAGGACUGUUUCAUGGUGCCCCACGCACUGGUCCACAGGUUUCUGCCGACUGGGCACAAGCUGCCGACCUCUCCCCCGGCGCGCGGCCAGCGUCUGCGGAUGCACGAGACCAGCGACCCGGACCUGUCGGUGGUCCUGCACGUGCUGACGCCGCUGGAGCCGGUGACGCCGCCCAGUGUGCUGGAGCCCGUCAGCCCGCUCCAGGUCCAGCUGACCGCCUGCCUGUCACUGCUGAAGAGGGUGGCUGCCGCGGGGAAGACGCGCGAUGCGAUACUGCUUAGUAAUCUGGAGCGGACCGAGCCGUUUCCGUUUCUGCUCUACUACACGGUGGCCAAGUCGGGCCGCACCGCGCAGGAUGUGCUCUCCGAGGUGCGACACGGCGUGCGGACCACGUUCUCACCCCUGCAGACCACCCUGGUGGGUCAGCACACGGUUCGACUGUACCAGGAGGUGGCUACCAUCGCCCGGCCGCCGCUCACCGACCAGCGGCGUCCCAGCAGUGACCGCACCGGCUACAUCAUCUCUGUGUUCCGGGUCAUGGAGGGGGACGACCGACACAGCUUCGAGCGCGACUGGCCCAGCUGGACCGGAGCACGACUUCUGUACCGGACCAUCCCGAAGCGGGCGGGCCUACGUCGGAUCGUUCUCCACAAGUCCUGCGACUCUGACACGGGGGACAUAUUCUACAUUCUCAGCUGCGAGUACAGCCGGCUACUGGAUGACGUCGUCUCCACUGUGAAGACGCUGCCGGCGCUGAGGGCGCGACUCAUCGGUUAUACCGGCAUCUACAAGCCCAUGGCGGUGUUAUGAAGGUGGUAGGAGAGGGGUAGGUUACUUCUUGUCACAUGAGGAGCUGUGGUGGGGGUUCUAGUGAUGCUGAUGCUAUGACUAUGGAAGUGUAUCGGUAUCAGGGAAAUACGGUGAAGACAUUGAGUGGUUAUGGGGGUAAUAUUGAACCAAUGCGCGGUGAAAGGAGAGUGUGUUCAUCGCCACUUUGCAGUGACGGCAGUGUGAAUGACUGUCCAUUGUGUGACCGAAUGUAGUAGUUAGUCGACGUUCAAUUGCUGAGAGACAUUGCAAUCAUUGAAUAUGUUCGUGUUAGCCAAACAAAAGCGAUCGGUGUUUUGGGGCAGUGCAAAGAGAAACCAAUUAGGCAUGUAGGCAUUAUGUAGUCAUGAUAAAGACGAGACGGCGCUGCCGUUAUUACACAUGUAAUAAGCUCAAUGGGUCAUGCUCAAAGCUCAUCUCAGCUCAUUAGUUACUUCAACGUUUUUGUUUCCUCUAAACCUUGGGCCCCAGACCAAGGUCUAGAAGCCCAAGACCCGCGCUAGAAAUAUAAACGUGAACAAGGGUUGAGCUGUGUUGUCUGCGAAUUAGCCCAGAUCUUAUACUGCAUAUUGUAGAAGUGCAAAGUGUACAGUGUUGAGGUUAUCAUAAGCUGAGGGGAUUGUAGCUAUAUCGACACCUUCUACUGACAAACAAUAAACUUCCCAGACGCUU